UACAAUCCUCAACCGCAUGUAAAUCUCAAAGACUCAGAAGUCCUCGUCUCCCUAGAUCAAGAAGACCCUUGGCACUGGUCGAUCCCAAAUUCCAGCCACAAACCCUAGAAACAGACGAACAAAAAUGACGAUCUCUGCAACUGCAAGAUCGUCUUUGACCCAUCUCAUCUUCCUCCUCAUAACUCUCACCACUCUCUUCAACACCGUCACUUCCGAGUCCGACUCGGACCGAGUCGCCGAGCUACUCAACCUCCAAUCCCAAUCCGAAUCGGGGAUCAUCCACCUCAACGACCAACUCCUCAGCCGCUUCGUCACCUCCUCCAAGCUCUCCCGCUCUUUCUCUCUCGUCAUCUUCUUCGACGCCGUCCAACUUCACGACAAGAACGAGCUCCGCCUCAAGGAACUCCGUUCCGAAUUCGCCCUCCUCGCCUCCUCCUUCAUCUCCAACAACAAAGACACCCCAUCUGAAUCCAAACUCUUCUUCUGUGACGUCGAGUUCAAAGAGUCCCAAGCCACCUUCGCACAGUUUGGCGUUAACGCCCUUCCUCACAUCCGCCUCGUCGGCCCCGAUGCCCGCAACCUCAAGGAUGAUUCGCUUCAGAUGGACGCCGGAGACUUCUCUCGCCUUGCCGAGUCCAUGUCCGAAUUCAUCGAAUCCAAAACCAAGCUCACCAUCGGCCCCAUUCAUCGUCCCCCAAUUGUUUCCAAGAAACAGAUUAUGUUUAUGAUCGCGGCACUGUUGAUUUGGUCGCCUUUUGUGGCGAAAAAAGUACUUGCCGGAGAGACCCUUUUGCAUGAUUCUAAGAUUUGGCUGGCCGGUGGGGUUUUCGUCUACUUUUUCAGCGUUUCGGGGGCUAUGCAUAAUAUAAUUAGGAAGAUGCCCAUGUUUUUGACUGACCGUAAUGAUCCGUCGAAGCUGAUAUUCUUUUAUCAGGGAUCUGGGAUGCAGCUUGGAGCGGAGGGAUUUACGGUCGGUUUUUUGUAUACAAUUGUGGGGUUGUUGUUGGCGUUGAUGACACAUUUGCUGGUGAAGGUGAAGAACAAGACAGUGCAGAGGGUAGUUAUGAUGAUUGCCCUGUUGGUUUCGUUUUGGGCAGUCAAGAAAGUUGUGUUCUUGGAUAAUUGGAAGACUGGUUAUGGGAUUCAUGCGUACUGGCCUUCGAGUUGGAAUUGAUAUCAAAGAGGAUGCAGUUGAAUUCGUCUACUCGGCUCUAGUUAUAGGUAAGUGUUCUGUACUAGUUAAAUUAAUUGUGACUUGGUGUAAUGCCAUGGAGGCUUGAGCUUCUCAAAGUGCGAAUUACUGAUACAAAAUAGGUGACAGAAUAAUUUCAGCUUGUGUAGUACUUUGAUGAAUGUUUGCUCUUUGCUCCAGACAUUUAUCUGCAGUUUAAUUUUUGAAUGGCAAUCAAAUGCUAUGCUAUGUGGUUGUGUCUCA